AUGGCUUCGGGGAAUAAUGGUGUAUUUGCUGUUCCUCAAUUUUCUAGGGAAAACUAUCACAUAUGGAUUGUCAAAAUGAGAUCAUGUUUGAAGUCUUUUGACUUAUGGGAGUAUGUAGAUCAAGAUAAGGAAGUUCCACCAUUGAGGGCUAAUCCUACCAUAGCUCAAAUGAAGCAACAUGAGGAGGAGACUUUGAAGAAGGAAAAAGUUGUCUCAUGUUUACAUUCAGCUUUGUCAGAUGAUGUUUUUACAAGCAUUAUGCAUCUAGAAAUAGCAAAACAAAUAUGGGAUGAGCUGAACGAGCGAUAUAUCAGUGAUGAACGGGUGAGAUCCACCAAACUAUUGACUCUUAAAAGAGAGUUUGAAAUGUUGAAAAUGAAGGAAAGUGAAUCAGUCAAGGAGUAUACUUCAAAACUGUCUCACUUGGUGAACCAAAUGAGAUUGUAUGGUGAGGUUGUCCAUGACCACAAGGUAGUCGAAAAAAUGCUGAUCAGUCUACCCGUAAAAUUUGAAGCUAAAGUUGCUGCCAUUGAAGAGUCAUGUGAUCUUAAGAAACUAACCAUUUCCGAAAUGGUCAGUAAAUUGCAAGCUCAUGAGCAAAGACUUUCCAUGAGAAUGGAUGAUGUAACUGAAGGUGCAUUUCAAGCAAGACACAAGGGAAAGCAAGCUGGUCAAAAAAAUCAAAAGAAGCAUAAUUAUAAAACAGCUGGUGACCAAAAGGGUAAAACCAAGAUGGAUGGGAGUAGUGAAUCUGCAGCAAACAAUCAUUUUCCUCCUUGUUCUACAUGUAAAAGAUCAAAUCACUUGUCGAAAGAUUGUUGGUAUAAGGGGAAGCGUCAAAUCCAAUGUAACAUUUGCAAGAAGUGGGGACAUAGAGAGAGGUACUGCAGAUCCAAGCAGAACCUCAACCAUAACAUGCACAUCAAGUUAACUUCACUGAUCAGCAAUUCCAAGAUGAAGAACACUUGUUUAUGGCUACUCAAACAAGUAGUUCAGGUUGAAAUGAUGUAUGGUAUGUUGAUAGUGGGUGCAUAA